AUGACCUCCCUCACGCAUACGGAGACGGUGUUGGGGAAGCGGAAGGCAUACGUCCUCCACCUUGCAUCCAGCCCCGAACCUAGCACCGCGCAGUCGGACUCGGAAUAUGAACCGCCAGAAGAAUCUAUCCCCUCGGGGUCCAGGACACCAGCGGGGUCCAAGACGCCUACGAGAUCGAGAACACCGUCGGGGGGAAGAGCACUGUCAAGGCCCAAGACCCCGAUCAUCGUCAAUGGGAAGCUUGUGAAGGACACGAAGAAGCGCUACGCGUGCACGUUCGAGGGAUGCGAUAAGGCGUACACGAAGCCCUCGCGCUUGGAGGAGCAUGCCCGAUCGCAUACGGGGCAGCGUCCAUUCGUCUGCGCUACCUGCAAUAAGUCGUAUCUGCGCGAGACCCAUCUGCAAGCGCAUUCGCGGAGCCAUCUACCCGAGUCGGCACGGCCUUUCGAGUGCACUGUGCCCGGUUGCGGCAAGCGUUUAUGGACGUCACAGCACCUGCGCGUCCAUCUGGACUGGCACAAUGGCGCAAAACCCUUCCAGUGUACGGAGGAAGGCUGCGACGAAGCGUUCGCGAAGCACCACCAACUUCGAACGCAUAUCUGCACGGCACACUGUCCGGAAGGCACGAAGCCCUAUCGCUGCGAGCACGAAGGCUGCGCCAAGUCCUUCAGCACCAACCAGAAGUUACGCGCGCACGUUAGAACUCAUGAUGAAACCCGCUACGCGUGCCUAACCUGCUCUCCCGCCGCCUCCUUUGCCACCUGGACGGCUCUUCAACACCACAAUCGCACCACGCACCCGCCGAUAUGCAACCACCCCUCCUGCAACGGCAAGCAAUUCACCUCUCAGAAGGGCCUGCGAGCGCAUCAGAAGCUCCACGAGCAGCAAGAGGUCGAGCGCGCGAUGAACGGAAACCAGUCCGAUGCGGAAGACGACGACCAGCCGCCGAGGAAGAAGCGCCGCGGGGGCGAAGUCGGCCGCGACUGGAAAUGCGAGGUUGUGGGGUGUGGGAAGUGUUUCAAGUCGAAAAAGGCCCUGACCACACAUACAAACGUAACGCAUCUCGGGCAUCGCGAGUUCGUGUGCGCGCACGAGGGUUGUGGUCGCGCCUUCGGGUAUAAGCACCUCCUCCAGCGGCACGUCGCCAAGAUACAUACUCGCACCUCGUCAUCCUCUUCGGAAGAGAACGAAGGCUCGGGCGCGGAUGCUGGUUCAGGCGCGGAGGACGACGAUGACGAGCAAUCGGCCGUUGAGGACACUCACGCGGAAGAUAACACCCUCAUCGACCUCAUCACAGGCAGCACGUACGCCAAGAAGGCGCAGGACAGGCUGCGCUCGGCAACGUCGUUGUGCUGCCCCUACCCCGACCUCUCUGGCUUGCCGUUACUGUCCGAUGCGACCUCGAGCACGUUGCUACCUGGUGCGGCCUCGAGCUUGCUGCCCACCACGUCUACCUCGCACGCCUGCGAGUACGUGUUCAGUCGCGCGUACGACCUUCGGCGUCAUCUCCGCGCAACGCACGGGCUAGAGACGGACAAGGAUGCGCUCGACGCCUGGGUUCGGAAGGAGAAGCGAUUGAAGGCCGCUGCUGCGUAG